UCCAAUGGCAGCUCCAAAAGCAUAAUUAACAGAUGCCGCCGCUUUGAUUUUGGGGUUUUCGGUUUGUGCUUGUGCUUCUACUUCUUUUUCUCAACAAAAAAAUGACUGCUCAGGCCAACAAAGAGAUCGAAGAAAUCCUCGCAGCUCAUCUCGACCAACAAAAAAUCGAUUCGGAGCAACCUGAACAGCCUGUUGUUGAAGAUGACGACGAGGAAGAUGACGAGGACGAAGAAGAUGAAGACGAUGCCGAAGGACAUCAUGAUGGAGAAGGUGAUGGAGCUGGUAGGUCAAAGCAAAGCAGAAGCGAGAAGAAGAGUCGCAAAGCUAUGUUGAAGCUUGGGAUGAAACCUAUUCCUGGUGUUAGCCGGGUUACAGUGAAGAAGAGCAAGAACAUCUUGUUCGUCAUCUCAAAACCUGAUGUGUUCAAGAGCCCAGCAUCAGAUACGUACAUAAUAUUCGGAGAGGCCAAGAUCGAGGACUUAAGCUCGCAACUCCAGACUCAAGCUGCUGAGCAAUUCAAGGCUCCAGAUCUAAGCAAUGUGAUAUCAAAGCCCGAGACAUCUACCAAUGUCCAGGACGACGAAGAAGUGGACGAGACAGAUGUUGAGCCCAAGGACAUCGAAUUGGUCAUGACACAAGCAGGUGUUUCCAGGGCAAAGGCUGUCAAGGCACUCAAGGCUGCUGAUGGUGACAUUGUUUCCGCUAUAAUGGAGCUUACAACCUAAUCUUGGUGUUCUUUGGUUUAUGAGAAUUGUCUGGCUCAGGUCAGGUACCUUAUUUUACCGAUGUUACCUUUGCAAUUUUCCUGUUACUGUUCUACUAUUAAAAUCGUGUUUGGGAGUACAUUUGUGUUACAAGAAUGAUCUCGGUUUUAUAAUUUUGAUUCUAUCCGUGUUUUUUACGAUCGUUAUUUUAUGAUUUUGA